AUGACGUUCAAACCUUUCCGGCCUCCACUUAUUAGGAAGCUUCCGACUACUGCCUCCCCUUCAACGACAACGACGUCUUCGUCAAAUGCAGACAAUUCAAUUGGAGACUCGUACCCCCAAAGUAAACGCCGCAGAAUCAGCCCAGAAACCGUUGACCUCACAAUUAAUGAUAAUGAGGAUGUUGGCUAUGAUAAUCGGCAACGUGAUGCUAAAUCAGGAUCGGUUCGGGUGGUACACAAGCCAAGCUCAAAGAUAACUGAUACAGAGCGGAAACCGCUUAUCGCAAGAUGGAAUCCACCAGUGGAAGUGGAAGUUGAUGAUAGCGGUGCUUAUGCAAGGAGUGGUGGGAUGGAGACGUAUUACAAUGUCCUUUGGCGUAAGCCCACUGCUAAAAAACACAAGACAUGGGAUGGCGAUGGGAUAUUAGCCGUCCGCGGUGGUUAUGCGUAUCUCCAGGAUGUAUCUGGGAGGGAUUUAGGCAGGAUUAAGUUUAAUUCUCCACUACUGCCCGGAUCAACAUUGUCGGUUGGUGGAAAAGAUGUCGAGGUUGAUUCUGUCAUGUCAAAGAAGGAGUAUAUGUCUGGUCGAGCAUUACUGGGAAUUGCUGAACUUUUACCCGCGAGUAUAUCUGCCGACGACGGUACCGAAAUCCGGAAAGAUCCAGUACGGAUGUCCCGCAUUUCUUCUGCUACGUCAACGAAUGGGACGAUUAGACUGCCACCCAAGACCAAAAUUAAACGCGAACACGGAGACGACGGGGGAGCAAAGAAACUCCUUAACUCUGCUGUGCCAAAAAGCUCUGCGGUGAAGAGUGCUUUCAAAAAUCCCAUGAAAGAAAGCACUGUACUCGUACAGAAACCGAAUGGCAAUCCCAUUCCACGGCAUAACCCCACGCUCCCUGGCGCGGUGGUCAUGAGACGGCCAGAAUCAGUACCGAAAGGUAAAGAAAUUGUCGACGUCGUCCUUGAUCCCCUUUUGGGCAAGCAUCUUCGGGAACAUCAGCGCGAGGGUGUUAGGUUUCUUUACGAGUGUGUAAUGGGAAUGCGCUCUUUCAAUGGUGAAGGGGCUAUCCUCGCGGAUGAAAUGGGUUUAGGCAAAACUUUGCAGACGAUAGCGCUUAUAUGGACCUUGUUGAAACAGAACCCAAUAUAUGAGGCACCUCCAGUUAUCAAAAAGGCUCUAAUAGUGUGCCCUGUGACACUGAUCGAUAAUUGGAAAAAGGAAUUUCGCAAGUGGCUCGGGAAUGAACGCAUUGGGGUGUUUGUAGCUGAUGCCAAAAGAACCAGACUUACGGAUUUCACCAUGGGCCAAAGUUACAGUGUCAUGAUUAUCGGCUAUGAAAGGCUCCGAACAGUGCAAGAAGAGCUCUCGAAAGGUUCUGGUAUUGAUAUCGUCAUUGCGGACGAAGGUCAUCGAAUGAGGACUGUACAAAAUAAGAGUGCGCAAGCAAUACAGCCGUUGAAUACCUCCAAACGAGUCAUCCUUUCAGGAACCCCAAUCCAGAAUGACUUAACUGAGUUUUUCGCAAUGGUUGACUUCGUCAACCCAGGAAUUCUAGGGACAUUCAAAAUGUUCAUGAAACAAUUUGAAGGGCCGAUUGUGAAGAGCCAACAGCCUGGUGCGUUGAAAAGGGACAUCGAGAAAGGAAAAGCAAGAAGUGAAGAAUUGGCAAGUCUUACAUCCUUAUUCAUUUUACGACGCACUGCCGACCUCCUCUCGAAAUAUCUACCACCGAAAACCGAAUACGUUCUCUUCUGUAACCCUACCUCCUCCCAAGCAAAUAUCUAUCGCCAUGUUCUCAGCUCACCUGUCUUUCAAUGCGCUUUGGGAAAUUCUGACAGUGCUUUACAACUCAUCACCAUUCUCAAAAAACUAUGCAAUAGCCCUUCCCUCCUGAACCCCAAAAGCUCCGAUGAAGAUUCUACCUCCACACUUAGUUCCCUGGUUGCCAGUCUCCCCUCCAGUAUUACUCGAAGACUCACACCCGCCUCGAGUGGUAAAAUACGAGUCCUUGAUCAACUACUCCAUAAUAUACGUCAUACAACUUCCGAGAAAGUUGUGCUAAUCUCGAACUACACAUCCACUCUGGAUCUCUUGGGAAAACUUCUUACUUCCCUAUCCCUAUCAUUUCUUCGCCUUGAUGGCUCCACCCCGGCCGCAAAACGCCAGGCACUGGUCGACGAUUUCAAUCGAUCAUCCUCAACUUCAGUUUUUGCAUUCCUUCUAUCAGCCAAAGCUGGAGGUACAGGUCUCAAUCUUAUCGGAGCCAGCCGGCUAGUUCUCUUUGACGUUGACUGGAACCCAGCCACGGAUAUGCAGGCCAUGGCACGGAUACAUCGUGAUGGUCAGAAGCGACACUGUCGAAUUUAUCGAUUUCUGCUAAAGGGCGCACUGGAGGAGAAAAUUUGGCAGAGACAGGUCACCAAGAUAGGGUUGGCUGACAGCGUGAUGGAUCAAAAAAGUGGCGUUUUGCAAUUUUCCCGUGAGGAGUUGAGGGAUUUAUUUCGACUUGAUGAAGGAGCAACGUGCCAAACACACGAUCUCCUCGGUUGCGAGUGUGAUGGUAGAGGGGGGCAAGAGAAUUUCUCGCAUCCCAAUGGGAGCCAUAUAAUUGAUAUUUCUGAAUCUGACCAUAGCGAAAAUGAAUCGACAGACUCAGAUGAAGCUGCCAACGGCUUCACGAAGUUGAUAAAAGCCUCUCAGCUCCAAACCCUAUCUUCAGGAGGGGCAGUGACGAAAGGGCGUGGGAAGAUUUCAAACAAAUCUAGGAAGGGAAAAUCCAAAAUUCCUUCACUGAUGCAAUACACGCACGUUGAUACGUCUCACCUUCGCUCUCCAUCGCCUCAUCAAACCUCGGGAAAUUUUGGCGCAGACAAAGCUAACAUCGAGGCUCAUAUCGACGACGAUGUUCUUCUCUCCUUGCUGAAAGAGGAAGGAAAUGGAGUAAGUUUUGUGUUCAAAAAGCAUGGGUCUUCUGGGACCCCUGAGAGCUCCAUGUGA